AGCCCGUUGUCGUGAGCGGUGGAUACAGUGCUCUUCGUAGACGAACAAGCAUUUCACACCCCGUUGAACGCCGUCCACAGCUGUCAGACCUGCGUGGUUGUUCUCGGGCAAGCAGUUAAGAAGGUUCGAACCCUUGGGCUUUUUCUACUCCCAAAAUCCGGUGGUUGGUGCUUCGUAUUGAUUGGAUCGUGGGAAAAUGCAUCCUCCUCUAACCUUACACAAACACCCAAUGUGCGCAGAAGUUAUUGAGCAGUUCCAACAGUGCCAUAUAGACCAUCCAUAUGGAAAAUUCUUUGGUAAAUGUACAGAUCUGAAGAUAAAGUUGGAUAGCUGUUUCAGGCAGGAAAAAGCUUUGAGGCGAAAGGCAAAUUUUGAAAGGAGUAAGGAGUUCAAGCAAAGGCUAGAUGCUUUUAGGAAAGAAAAUGCUGCAAGCAGCAGCCAGUAGAAGAAUUUUCGCCCAUCUUGGAAGGUCCAAACUCAAGUGCCAAAUUGUUAGAACAACACAGAAUUUAGAGGUUCCUUGAGACUGAAGUGUGAUUAGAGCUUUCCUAUCUUGAGCUUGGAUACGUUCAAAUCUACUAUGAAGAAUAAAGAUCUUGGCUAUUGUUAGUAUAGUCUGUUUUUUCUGUUCCUCGUUGUGUUAAUUGUGUUCUAGCAAACACAAAAGUAUAAUAAUAAAAGAGAGAGAAUGAGAAAGUGAUUGAAUCUGUGUUUA